UGCUCCACCUUCGUGUCGAAUAUCUUAACGGCGGAUAUUUAUCUUUCGCCAGAGGAUCUUCUCAUGGAUACGAGCGCGGCUGGAAAUGACACUGACUAUAAUGAAAUUCUCUCUCAAAUCUCGGUGAGCUUGAAUAAUGCUCUGAACACGUAUGGUGCUUCGUCUCCGCAGUAUCAGACGAUCCUCUCGAUUCUCAAGGAUUGUCUGCAGAAAUAUGGGUGCGAUGGUCGACAAACACACGAGCUGGAUCCGGAUACCCUGAGUCUGGCAAUGGGUUUCUUGGAGAUCGGGAGAUAGUCUGCCCCUCGAUCAGUUGGAUGAGAAAAGUCUUACAAAGUGGUGUCGACAGGCGCAAUGUACGGGAGUAAUCCACGAGCUUGAUCGGGCCCAUGGCAAAUAUCAUGCCUACAAAGAACCAGAGAACACUCCGUCGCGGACUGGCAAAACAUAGACUACACAUACA